AUGGCUUCCUGCUCGGAGUCUACUGGUAGUCAACACACGAAUAGUUUAUCGAAUCGCUCUGAAACUCAUCCAGACGCGGAAAUUACUGACACAGAAAUCAAAGGAUAUUUGAUGAAAAGGGCACGACUUACUCGAAAAUGGAAACGACAGUGGUUUUUAUUGAAGAAUUGUAAUUUAUUUUACAGCGAAUCACCAGAGGGAUCCCUUAAGAAGAUCACUUUAGCAGAUGCCGAUAUUUCUGAAACGAGAGUUGACAAGAAAAAAUUUGCCUUCCGGAUACGGAGUAAACAGAACGGCAGAACUUACUACAUUCACGCAGAAAAUGAGCUGACCCAGAAUAGUUGGAUGCAAGCCAUAUGUUUCGCCAAGGCUGCGGGUAAUCACGGGAGUGCGUCCCAAGCAUGUUCCAUCCAGUGA